AUGUCGCAAACAUACACCGCGGCCGAGGUGGCCAAGCACAAGGAUGAGAAGGAUGGCAUGUGGAUUAUUGUUGAGAACGAAGUCUUCGAUAUAACCAACUUUCUGGAGGAGCAUCCUGGCGGCGCCAAGAUUCUCAAGCGCUUUGCCGGCAAGAAUGCCACCAAGCCUUUUUGGAAAUACCACAAUGAGCACGUACUAAAGAAGUACGGCGAGAAACUCAAGAUUGGUGCCGUCGGCGAGAGCGCGAAGCUAUAA